AUGGCAACUCUACCCGUAGACGUUCCUCCAGCGUGUGGCCGACAGGAUGUCAGUUUCACGACGGAUAGGGUCGGGGAAGGCGACGGGAGGAAUCAUAUUGCAGUUCAAGCUGAUGGGAACGGACGACAGUCGUGCUGGGAUGCUCCCAUCGCCGAGCGGACGUUCAGCCAAUUACUGGAUACUUGCCCCAUGAUUUCGGGCCGACUUCCACCAGAAUUAUGGGAGCAGAUAAUUGAUGUUAUCGCAGACGACAAUCCUUACGCCGACGACACCCUUAGACGACUCGGCCAAGUGUGUCGUGGGUGGUAUGCCCGAUGUCGCUUUCGCAUACAGGAGGUGAUUGAUUUGAGUGGCAUGGACAAAAAGCAAGUAUAUCGCCUUAUCAACAUACUCAGCGAGCACCCGGAGCGAUGCCAUGUUAUCAAGACCGUCUCGUUCGAUUUCGGGGGAAAGUCCGUGGGUAUAUUCGGGUCGUUUACUGUGCGGAUGAUGCAGAAACUUCCCCGAGUUGAGCUGCUCAGAAUCGAAAAUGGCGCAUGGGCGGCUGGGCAGCUGCACACGCAAGUCUUCCUCCAUGUAACGCUCACAUUUGAGUCGGUGACCAAGCUGCUCCUCCACUUUGUGCCAUUCCCUUCUGCGGUCGUAUUUUGGCGGCUUAUCCGUGCGCUCCCUCGCCUGUCCUCGCUCUCGUGCAUGAAAGUGCGGUUCAAGAAUGGCUGCAAUAUGGCGGGCGUUGUCAGGGUGCAACGUCCUCUCCGACUCGACGUCGUCGACCUGUCUUUCAGCGAUGACGUCGCUGACGUGCUCGCGUCGAUCGGCGCGCAUCUCCGCCAUCUCUCCUGCAAUGACAGGGCGUCGAGCAAAUUGUUGAGGCUGGUCGCUGUGGCCGCCGAAUCGCUUUCGUCCGUACACAUCAACGUAGUGCAUUAUGGUUUUACCUCUGACCAUGAUCGCCCUUCGGUCAUCCCCAUUGACCUUACGUUAGCUAUCAAGCUACACGCCAUAUCGUUCGCCAGCUAUCUUCAAGAUAUGGGCAAAGCAGCAAGUGUCUUGUCUUGCGCGUCUCUGCCGAAAUUAGCUGAGAUCACAAUUGUUUUGCGGCUCAAACCUCUCGAGACGACGCCCGUCGAGGUCCAGGAUGCACUCGAUAAAAUUGACAGUGGUUGCUAUGCACAAUUGGAUCAUAGCCUCUCUAGCCGUCAAUUUCCCGCUCUUCGGAAAGUCGUCUUUCUCCUUCAAUGUGAUAUUCGAUCUUCCGAUGAGGUCAUGAGUGUCAUAACCGAAGGUUGCUGGCGGACGCAGCUCUCCGCAAGGCUCCCAGUAUUGCAUGCCAGUGGACGACUUCUGUAA